UUCCAGGUACUCUAAUUGAGCUCCAGUCUGCAAGUGUUGAGAACUGCCUGAACGUUUGUCAUAACUUUUUAUGAACGACGAGACACGCAUUAUAAUGAAUACCUCAGAAGAAAUUAUGAAAUGCAGUAGGCUUCCACCUAGAAACAUCGUUAAAAUAUCAACGCUUCAUCACUUCAAGGUAUGCAUGCUGUGUGCACUUCCAGGUACGUUUAGAGAAGAUUCCACGAACAAAUGUACUGUUGUAAAACAGCUUAGCAGGUCGGUUCUACAUGAUGCUACUGUACUCUGGAAACGUGCUUAGAAUUUAUACUGGCUACUUAUCAGUCUCCUAACAGGUGAAUAAACAACAUCGAUA